AUGGGAAAACGUGCAUACGUUGAGGGGAGUGGACACACUCAGAGGAAUGGUCCAACUCCUAAAUUAGGAGUGACAGCAAAAGUGGGCAGUGUCCACGGGGGAGAGCUCAUGGCCUUUCUGGGUCUUUCUGGGUCUCAGCAUCCCCACAGUCCAGCUCUCAGCUCUGUGUUUCGAAGGCCACUUGGCUGGAGCCACUCCCACAGUGGACACCUUCGAGGUGCACAGCAGGGCAAUUACCAGGAGUGUCCUGAGGUUUUCCUUGUUAACGUGGGUCUGGCUGGCUGCUCUGACACGCCACUCCGUCCUGACAGUCCACACAUCACCCUGCGGAGGAAGCAAGGAGUCUGUCUGGCUGUCGCAUGGCAGGAUCUCGAGCCCCCCAGCCCUGACCUCAUUGCAAAAAUAGCAGGUCCUGGGGGUAUGAUGCUGAUAAGCACAGAUGACUUAGAUCACCAAAAGAGCAGCUCCAGGGACAGGUCCCACAGGGACCCGAACAUUGACCUCCUGGGUCAUGGGGCGGGGAUCAGAAUCACCAAGGUGGACUGGCAGCGGUCAAAGAAUGGCGCUGCCCACCACACCCAGGAGUACCCCUGCCCUGAGCUGGUGGUUCGCAGGGGUCAGUUGUUCCGCCUCACCCUGGAGCUGAACGGUGCCCCGGACAGCGAGGAGGCCGUCAUCUUCACGGUGGAGACAGGACCCCAGGCUUCUGAAGCCCUCCACACCAAAGUGGUAUUCCAGACAUCGGAGCUGGAAGUGGGUGACACCUGGACAGCAGUGAAGGAGGCUCAGACAGAGAACAUCCUAACCGUCAGCCUCACCAGCCCUCCCGAUGCCAUCAUCGGCCACUACCUGCUGAGUGCCAGACUUUCCUCCCGACGCAAACACAGUGAUCGGAAGCUGGGCGAGUUUGUUCUCCUUUUCAACCCAUGGUGCCCAGAGGAUGACGUGUUUCUGGCCUCCGAGGAGGAGAGACAGGAGUAUGUGCUCAACGACAGCGGCAUCAUCUUCCGAGGCGUGGAGAAGCACAUCCGAGCCCAGGGCUGGAACUACGGGCAGUUUGAGGAGGACAUCCUGAACAUCUGCCUCUCCAUCCUGGACCGGAGCCCCAGUCACCAAGACAACCCGGCCACCGAUGUGUCCCGUCGCCACGACCCCAUCUACGUCACCAGGGUCAUCAGCGCCAUGGUGAACAGCAACAAUGAUCGUGGCGUGGUUCAAGGCCAAUGGCAGGGCAAGUACGGUGGCGGCACCAGCCCGUUGCACUGGCGCGGCAGCGUGGCCAUCCUGCAGAAGUGGUUCAAGGGCAGGUACAGGCCGGUCAAGUACGGCCAGUGCUGGGUCUUCGCGGGAGUCAUGUGCACAGUCCUUAGGUGCUUGGGGAUUGCAACACGGGUCGUGUCCAACUUCAACUCAGCCCAUGACACGGACAGGAACCUGAGUGUGGACAAAUAUGUGGACUCCUUCGGGCGGACCCUGGAGGACCUGACAGAAGACAGCAUGUGCACCAAGGCCGUGGGCAGCGACUCCCGCGUGGACAUCACGGGCCUCUACAAGUAUCCCGAAGGGUCCCGGAAGGAGAGGCAGGUGUACAGCAAGGCGGUGAAGAAGCUGUUCAGCGUGGAAGCCUCGGGGAGGAGAACCCGCAUCCGCAGGGCUGGGGGCCGUGGUCUCUGGCGUGAUGACCUCCUGGAGCCAGCCACCAAGCCCAGUAUCACCGGCAAGUUCAAGGUGCUAGAGCCGCCUGUCCUGGGUCAUGACCUGAGACUGGCCCUGUGCUUGGCCAACCUCACUUCCCGGUCCCAGCGGGUCCGAGUCAACCUGAGCGGCGCCACCAUCCUUUACACUCGCAGGCCGGUGGCGGAGAUCCUGCAUGAGUCCCACGCGGUGAAGCUAGGGCCGCAAGAAGAGAAGAAGAUCCCAAUUACAAUAUCUUACUCUAAGUAUAAAGAAGACCUAACAGAAGACAAGAAGAUCCUGUUGGCUGCCAUGUGCCUUGUCACCAAAGGAGAGAAGCUCCUGGUGGAGAAGGACAUUACUCUGGAGGACUACAUCACCAUUAAGGUGCUGGGCCCCGCCGUGGUGGGAGUGGCAGUUAUGGUGGAAGUGACGGUGGUCAACCCCCUCUUGGAGAGAGUAAAGGACUGUGUGCUGAUGGUGGAAGGCAGCGGCCUUCUCCAGGGACAGCUCAGCAUCGAUGUGCCCAGCCUGGAGCCCCAGCAGAGGGCCUCGGUCCAGUUUGACAUCACUCCCUCUAAGAGUGGCCCAAGGCAGCUACAGGUGGACCUUGUCAGCUCCCAAUUCCCAGACAUCAAGGGCUUUGUGAUUGUCCAUGUAGCCACAGCCAAGUGA